AUGUCCGCCGACCUCGCGCCUCAACCACUCGACCUAUCAUCUUCAAGAAGCAGCUUCCACUCCACCAGCUCCCGCGCCCUCAGCGCCGGCGGCUUCCCUGUCUCACCUCAUUCCCCGGCCUUCUCCACCGGCUCGGCGAGCAGUUCAUCUUCCAAUGUCUCGCUCAACCGUGCGGACCAAGAGGAUGCCACUAUUACGGCGAAGGCUACCAAUGCCCUCCCAGCAGAUCGGAAAAGCAAGGUCGGCUCGGUCAGCGAGUUCGGGGAGGGGAGGAAGAGCAUCGACGACCUGCAGAUCCUGACCAUCUCCACGCACAUAACGGAGUUGUCGUACAGCAUCUCCGAUAUUCAGACCCGUAUCUUUGAGAUUCAAGAACUUCGACAUAGAUCACAAUCUAGUGGCGAGGCCUCUCAGUCGAGCGUCAUUGAUAGCUCCCUCGCGGCUCUGGACGAACGCCUCGAGGCUGUCUCCGCCGGCCUUGCCUCUGUGUCAGAAUCCAUCGCCCCCCUCCUUGGUUUCGAGCCCGCCGAUGACGAUGAAAGCGAGCGUGCUAUGCUUGUACGAAAGCAUGCCGCAUUCAUGGCAGACUGGGAAGCCGUACAAGAGGAGAGUGAAGUGCUUCGGGAGGAGUUGAAGGAGGAUAAAUGGCUUACCGUCUUUCGCACGGUUACCGACCAGGCGGAUGGAAUGAUGUCUAGUUUGGAGAAGGCUGUCAAUCGCUGUCAGGAUUUCAUUUGGCAGGUGCAGAAAGCAUUCCCUGAAGACUCAAUGUCUCCGUCGUCGUCUCUCGCAUCUGUCCCCUCUCAGUCGUCCAUACGAUCGGAGAAGGGCACUCUGCUCACCCUGGAAACCUUCCAAGCAUUGCUUGAGUCUUUUGAGGCGAAGAAGAAGCAUUAUAUGCCUACCACCACCAAGGUUCUUGGUAUCAUCGAUAAGGGUGUCCAAGACCGCGUAACGAAGAACGGCGAGUGCUUGCGGCGACAUGGAGAGAGCACAGCCCGAUGGAAAGCUUUGCGUGAACGCAUCACUCGCACCGACGAGCAGAUGGCCAUGGUCAGGCGCAUCCUCGAAGGUUCAGAGUUCGCGCCGUCAGAGACGUCUUCAACAACUUCCGGUCCAACCAGCAAGAGCAAGAACCGUAGUGGCUACCUGACGCCACCAAGCGGUGAUUCAUCAGUUGCAGGCGCGAACGGGAAGAAGGCGAAGAGCGGCAUGUCGCGCUCCAUCUCCAAGAUGGCGCGCAACCUCAAGAGCUCGUUGUCCGGCCGCCCAACACCCGUUCAGACCCCCGCCACUUCGAAGAUCGUCAAGCAGCCGUCCAGCGAACCCACUCGCACCCUUCGCAACCGCAAGAGCAUGCUACUGUUCGGCGGCCACCCACCAGCUACUCCUCAGACCCCCGGCCAUAAGCACUCCCAAUCAAUGACUCCCGAGUCGUCUCCUUCCGCCGAUCGUGUCGCGCGCGCCGCUGCCCAGAGCGGCGGGACUCUCCGCAGCAGAGCAUCUACUGCCGCUGGCACGCUCAACAAGCAGCCAUGGAAUUCGAGUACGAAGGUUCAAGACGAUGGUCGUGGGACAAUGCGGUUCAGGAGACCGAGCUCCAGCAUGGCAAUGAACGCAACCCCUCCGGCGCCUUCUACAAGUGCGAGUCCCUACAAGCGCAGUGCCAGUCGUACAUCCAUGACCGGAUCUUCACGGCCGUUCUCCCCUGGUCAGAGCACAAGCACUACGCCGGGCUCACAUACUCGCGCUCCAAGCCGCACGUUCAAUCGCCCGCCGAGCCGUUCUCAGUACGCAGUCGGGUCAUACAACCCUGGACGUGCAUCCUCUCGUGCGACUACUCCGCACAGCCAGAUGCCGACAACACCUUCGCGAUUUCGUACGCGUACGGGCAUGCCAGAUGAUGAUGAAGAGAUGGCGCUCAUGCAACGCGCAUUCAGCCCACCUCCCAAUCGCGCAGAGACGCCCGGCGGCACGCGUCUUCCCCACGCGCGCCCACCCAGCCGCAGCAUGAUCCCCGCUCCCGUCUUCCACUUCUCCUCGCCCUCCCGCCCAGGAAGCGCUAUGGACUCAAGUCCUAGCCGCGGUCCUCCCUCCGAUUACUUUGCACGUGCGAUGAGCCCGACUGGCAGCGUCGCAACGUCUGCUGGUGGUGCGCUUAGCCCUCGUGGCGGCAGCACGAUCAAACUUCCACCGUCGAGUUUCCGUGACAACGGCACAGCAACACCCUCUGGUAUUCGCGCUCCGAGCAGCCUCGGAGUACGUUCACCUAGCCGUAGCCUCUCCCGUGCUAGCGCAGCUGGUGCACUCGGCGAGGGUGCACCUGCACAUGUGUAUGUGCCGGGCAACCCACGCGAUCCUCUCGACGCGGAGGUGGCGGCCAUCGUCAACAGCGUUGCCCAUACUCUGCUCGUUGAGCGCGUCGACCCACCCCUCAGGAACAGUCAGUUGCCAAAGGAAGGCGAGGAGCAGCAGGCGCAAUAUGCUUUCUCGAGCUCGCUUGCUCGCAAGGUCGUUACUUGCCGUUUGACCACGCUUUCGCGUCCGGGAAGCACGGCGACGAAGAAGGUCAUGGUCCGCGUCGGUGGUGGAUGGAAGGAUCUGCAGAUGUACAUGCUCACUGUCAAGCUCUGA